AUGCUUCGUUCUUCUUCUUCUUCCUCUUCCAUCCCUUCACUCCCUCCACCUUCUCCUAAGUCUCCUCCUGAAUAUCCAGAUUUGUAUGGCAAACGCCGUGAAAUGGCCAAGGUUCAGAUGCUUGAAAGAGAGAUAAGUUUCUUAGAGGAAGAAUUGAAAUCUGUUGAAGGUCUUCAACCAGCUUCAAGAUGCUGCAAAGAGGUUGCUGAUUAUGUGGUGGUGAAUUCAGAUCCUCUGUUACCUUCAAACAAGAAGAAUCGCCGGUCUUGUCGCUUCUGGAAAUGGCUCUGUCGCAUGCCAUUGACUGUAAACCAUGCAGCUGUUGCAGUUGCAGCAACUGUUUUCCAUCCUUCAGUUGCUCUUUACCUAAGUGGAACUGCUGCUGUUGUUUCUCUUGUCCCAAAUCAAAUUGCUGUAAAGAUAGCUUUGUUUCGGGUAAUUGUUGUACUUUCCCAAGUAGUUGCAAUUUCGGACUCAUGUUUUAAUCCUUCUUGUUGUUUCUGUUGCUAG